AGUCCGUACUCGGCUAUGGAGGCGGACUUGUUCAUGCGACGCCCCGCAAUUUCCUCUUUCGCGUAUAGGUUUGUUUAGGUUAUUUCUUGGCGCUCCUGGCGGGCUUCGUGCGCAGCGCUUGGUUGCCACCGACUAUUCCAGGGCUUGGGCGAAUAGAUGUUUGGAAUCUAGCCAUAGCUGCGCGGAUGGGGUCGCUGUGUAGCAAAGGCCAACCAGUAGCACAAGAGGAGGACGAAGAGCGGGAACGUGAAUUAACCCGGCAGCUCAAGCAAGAGGAUCGAAUCGAGAAAAACGUGUAUAAGCUCCUCCUCCUCGGUUCUGGGGAGUCGGGGAAAUCAACCAUCUUUAAACAGAUUAAGUUGCUGUACAAUACGGGAUUUGGUGUUGAAGAGCUGAAGAACUACACUCCUGUCAUACACGCGAAUGUGUAUCAGGCAAUUAAGAUUCUCUACGAAGGAUGCUUGGAUCUGCAGAAGAAGGAUGUUUCAGGAGAGUACACGAUGAGGCGGGAAAACAUGGAGCAUGGAAAGAGAAUCGCGGAAAUUGGUGACGGAGUGGAUUACCAUCCCAUAGGUUUACUAGAAAGUGAUCUAAUUGCACAGAUUUGGAGUGAUCCUGCAAUUCAGGCAACUUAUCGAAAAGCGAACGAAUUGCAACUCCCUGACUGUACAGAAUAUUUUCUUAGCGGCGUGGACAGGCUAGCAAAACCUGACUACAUACCAACAGAGGAAGACAUACUCCAUGCUAGAGUGCGGACAACCGGAAUUGCUGAUGUAGUGUUCAAGCACGACGGACACACCUAUAGAGUCUUUGACGUGGGAGGCCAGAGAAACGAACGUAGAAAGUGGCUUCACUUGUUCGACGGGGUUAAGGCCGUCAUCUUCUGCGCUGCAUUGAGCGAAUAUGAUCAGAAUCUCUUCGAAGACGAGGGGAAGAACCGGAUGGUUGAAACGAUGGAGCUUUUUGAGUCGGUCCUUCGGCAUCCAAGUUUUGAGAAAACAUCGUUUCUUGUAUUUCUAAACAAAUACGACAUAUUUCGGAAGAAAGUACUUUCGGUGCCCCUGAAUGUUUGCGAGGUGUUUCGAGACUACAAUGAAGUUCAAGGCGACCAAGAAAGGAAAAUCUCUCACGCCCUUCAAUACAUCAAAAACAAAUUCGACGAGAUUUACAAGCGAAACACCCCAGGGCUCGGAACACAGAGGCUGUGUUGGCUAUUCGAGACGACAGCUCUGGACCCGCGCAUAAUGAAGUACACCUUUGAGCUCGUGGACAAGAACCUCGUCGUUUCGAGCAUAAGCCUCUUGUGACAAUGAGUUCAACGCUGGCAAACCUUCGAUCUCAAGUGCAAACUUACAGACGACAAGGCGACAGCUCAAAAGAAGAGACUCGAGAAGUGGACUUAACAUCAUAUCUCAAUGCCCAUUCCGGGCAUUUUGCGGUAUCUUCUAAGACUGAAGACAAUAUGAGCAUACAUGCAUAUUUUCAGAUUUCCGAAUCUUUAGCGCACUCUUUUCCUUCAUGGGAAAUGUCGCAGCAGCGUGCGUAAGCCCGGAGCAAAUUGGUGAGGAAAUUUCCAAAUGGUUGGCAGGGAACAAUGGUAUCAAUCGGAUGAUAUCACCGAUAACAACCUUUGUUCUAUACCAUACCUAUUAAAGUCAACUUGUAUUGAAAAUUCCAAACGUCCAUUUUCACCUGUA